AUGGCUGCUAUAGGAGCCCAAGAAGCCUCGUCGACUCGAUGUUCUUAUCAUGCGUUCUUGAGUUUCAGAGGCGACAUCCGGAAUACCUUUAUUGAUCACCUUUAUACAGCUCUACUCUAUGCAGGAAUACAGACAUUUAGGGACGAUAACGCACUGGAGAGAGGACAGAAUAUCGCCCUAGAACUAAAUAGGGCAAUCCAAGAGUUGAGGAUAUCAAUAAUUGUUUUCUCAAAAGACUAUGCAUCUUCAAUAUGGUGUCUCGAUGAGCUUUUGAAUAUCCUUGAGCACAAGAAGGCUGUCGGUCAUAUGAUUAUGCUCGUCUUCUAUCAUGUGAAUCCAUCCCUUGUAAGAAACCAAACAGGGAGUUUUGCAGAAGAAUUUGCUAAACAUGAAGAACGAUUUAAGGCAGAGACGGAAGAAAGAAAAGAGGAGGGAUUUGACAAGAUAAAGAGGUGGAAUGAAGCUAUGAGAGAAGUUGCAAAUUUGGCAAGGAUGGUUUUAAUGCAUGGGUAA